GCCUUUUUUUUAAAACUAAUACAUCUUUCCAAUCUUUUCCCACCAGCGAGCAGCCAGGGAAUAUUAAUAUUUAAACUAAAUCUCUCACAACCAUGUCAUUUACAACAGUAUCUCCACGCGCCCGAACAUGGCUGCGACACGCUCCUGUCUACGUAUUGAUGUUCCUCUCCACACUCGUCAACCUCAUGACCACAUAUGCCGCACCUGUUGCAUCCAAGAGGCCUGGCGAUGAUAACGACAAUGCUCUUGACAGAGCACGCCAGGGUCCCUAUAACCUUACUGUCCAGGCUGGAAUCGCUGGUGCCAUCCUCAUUGUUUUUGGUCUUAUUCUCUGCUUCUUUGGUUAUCGCUUCUUCCGUGUGACAAUGUUCUUGAUUGGUUUCUACUUCUUUGGUAACAUCACCUAUGUCGGUAUGGCCAACGGUGGCGUCACUUCUCAGACCUUGCUCCUCGUCAUCUCGAUUGUGGUCGGUAUCAUUGGAGGUCUGCUCUUAGUCUGCUGCUCUCGUCUGGGUGUUGCUGUCCUCGGAGCCUUGGCCUUAUACUCCUUGGGUCUCUGGAUCUUAGGAUGGAGAUCUGGUGGUGUCAUUACCUCCAGCACUGGUCGUGGUAUCCUCCUUGCAGUCCUUGCCAUCGUUGGUUUCAUCCUUGGUUUCAUUCGUGAAAGGGAAGUGGCCAUCAUCGGUUCAGCUAUCGUCGGUGCUUACUCCUUUGUGGCUGGCGUUGACUUCUAUGCUCGCACUGGAUUCAUCAACCAGACUGAUUCGUUCAUCAACUCCAAGAACAGCGUCAAUAACCGUGUUGGUAACGUCACGGGUGAACAGUAUGCUCUCUUGGCCACAUUCAUUGUCUUGGCACUCCUUGGAAUGUUUGUUCAGUUCCGCUUCUGGGGUCGUCGCAACUUCCGCCCUGCUGGUCCUGCUGCUGGAACUAACGUCGUCUACACUGAGAAGCCCAGCCGCUUCGGAGGCAUGUUCCGUCGCCGCCGUGUCUAAGAACAAUAAUAAGCAUUUAGUGAUAAUAACUAUGACAAACAUUUAGCCCCAUAAUCUUACCUUCCCCCUACUUGUAUAUCAUGUAAUUAGUACAAUUCAUUUUAUCAAAAAAAAAAAA